GAUGGGUCAAAGUACAGACAUUGAGAUAUGAGGGUAUGAAGUUCCUAAAGUGGCUAUGUUCGGGUGUGGAUAAUAAUGAGUGGAUCUGAUGGUGAGGAUGGAUUGACCCUCAUUUGGUGAGAUUUAAUGUUCAGAGAGUUUAUGGUUCCACUUCAUAUGCUCCAAGGGAGAAGGUCACUUGGUCUCUUUCUCAUAGUGGGAGAACAAUGUCACUCUGGCUCACGCCUCCUGCCCCCAUCAGCCAUCGCCCCGUCAAGGUGCGUCUGAGCGGCAGGUGGCCAGGCGGAUAGGGCUACACCUGCAUGGCCAGGAGCAGGUGAGCGCCACAGAGCAGACGAGAGGGCGGGGAAAGGCGCAGCCGGCCCUGGGGCGGCCUGGUGGCAGCAGCGAGUGAGAGCAGCUGCCGCAGGAAGCAGCCGCAGCAGCGCCGCUUUCCUUUCCCCUCGCCUGCCCCCGGAGCCGCCGCCUGUGCAGCAAUGACCCGGCCCUUCUCUCUGGCCCAGUGUGACGCGCUCGGCUUCGACCUGGACCACACGCUGUGUCGCUACAACCGCCCCGAGACCGCCCGGCUUAUAUAUGAUAGUUUUGCCCGCUACCUGGUAACCGAGAAGGGUUAUGAUAAAGAAUUGCUGACUGUAACUCCAGAAAGCUGGGACUUUUGCUGUAAAGGAUUGGCAUUGGAUCUGGAAGAUGGAAACUUUUUAAAGCUCGCUGGAGAUGGAACAAUUUUGAGGGCAAGCCAUGGUACGAAGAAUAUGACUCCUGAAGAGAUCUUGGAAAUUUAUGGCAGGAGGGAAUGGAAACACUUUAAAACAUUCAGUGGAAUGGUUUCCCGCUCAGCUAAAUAUUAUUGCUAUGAUAAUUAUUUUGACCUGCCAGGAGCCCUUCUUUGUGCAAGGAUUGUGGAUUGUUUAGACAAGCAUGACAGACCGACAAAAUACAACUUUUGGAAGGAUGUGAUUGCUGCUAUACAGCAUAACUAUAAAACCUCAGCUUUUAAAGAAAACUGUGGGACAUAUUUCCCAGAAGUGAAAAAUGAUCCAGCCAAAUAUUUACAAAGUUGCCCUGAGUCUGUAAAAAAGUGGCUGAGGCAACUGAAAAAUGCUGGGAAGGUCCUGCUAUUAAUUACCAGCUCUCACAGUGACUAUUGCAGACUCCUGUGUGAACACAUCCUUGGGAAUGAUUUUGCAGGGCUUUUUGACAUUGUGAUCACAAAUGCAUUGAAACCUGGUUUCUUCUCUCAGAUGCCAAACCAAAGACCUUUCCGAACCCUUGAAAAUGAUGAGGAACAGGAGGCUCUGCCAUCCUUGGACAAGCCUGGCUGGUAUUCCCAAGGUAAUGCUACCCAUCUUUAUGAACUGCUGAAGAAGAUGACGGGCAAGCCAGAACCCAAGGUUGUUUAUUUUGGUGACAGCAUGCAUUCAGAUAUUUUCCCAGCCCAUCACUAUAGCAACUGGGAGACGGUCUUCAUCUUAGAGGAGCUUAGAGGGGACGAAGUUAUGAUACCUGUGGAGACUGAGUCUGAGCCCUUGGAGAAGAAAGGAAAAUAUGAGGGACAUCACCCAAAAGCUCCUUAUUCAGUAUCUAAACAGUGGGGCUCUUUCUUUGUGGACAGCAUCUCAGGAUUGGAAAGUGCAGAGGAAACCUUAACUAACACAUGGUCUUGCAAAUGUAUCAGUGCUUAUAGCACUAUUGCAAUUCCAAGACUCGAAGCAAUAGCAGAUUUACCACUGGAUUAUAGAUUUACCCGAUUUUCCUCAAAUAGCUUGGAAACUGCUGGUUACUAUCCGAAACCUCCGAGGGCAUUAUUAUCAAAUGGAUAUUUUAAAGAUGGUUUGGCUGCCAUUGAGACUUGGAGAUCUGAUGCCACAAUGAGGACUCACACACGGGGGGCUCCCAGCGUGUUUUUCAUACAUGUGGUUUGCUUUGCUUUGGCCUCCAGCACCGAUGAGAACCCAAGCUCUGUGAUUCCUUUUGUCAAUGCCAACUACGACAGCUACCCCAUGCUGUACUUUUCUAAAGGAGAGGUGGAGGAUUUGCGGAUCAAGGCUGCCACUACGCAUCAGCACAUUGCAGCUCGUCUGACUGAGGCAGUUCAGACCAUGCUGUCCAGUCCCUUGGAGUAUCUUCCUCCCUGGGAUCCCAAGGAGUUCAGUGCUCGGUGGAAUGAAAUUUAUGGCAACAAUCUGGGUGCCCUGGCAAUGUUCUGUGUGCUCUACCCCAAGAAUAUCGAAGCCAUAAACAUGGCCAAGGAUUACAUGGAAAGGAUGGCGGCUCAGCCUAGUUGGUUAGUGAAAGAUGCUCCAUGGGAUGAGGUCCCUCUUGCUCACUCUUUGGUUGCUUUUGCCACUGCUUAUGACUUCUUGUACAACUACCUUAGCAAGACUGAACAGGAAAGAUUUCUUGAGGUAAUUGCCAAUGCCUCAGGAUAUAUGUAUGAAACAUCAUACAGGCGUGGAUGGGGUUUCCAGUAUCUACAUAACCAUCAGCCUACCAACUGCAUGGCUCUGCUGGCAGGAAGCCUGGUUUUGAUGAAUCAAGGCUAUCUUCAGGAAGCGUACUUGUGGACAAAGCAAGUGCUGUCAAUCAUGGAAAAGUCUGUAGUCCUGCUGCAAGAAGUUACAGAUGGAUCCCUCUAUGAAGGAGUGGCUUAUGGCAGCUACACCACCAGAUCUCUCUUUCAGUACAUGUUUCUUGUCCAAAGGCACUUUGACAUCAACCACUUCAAUCACCCGUGGCUUAAAGAGCACUUCGCAUUUAUGUAUAGAACUGUCCUGCCAGGAUUUCAGAGAACCGUGGCGAUUGCAGAUUCCAACUAUAACUGGUUCUAUGGGCCAGAGAGCCAAUUGGUGUUUCUAGACAAAUUUGUCAUGCGCAACGGCAGUGGGAAUUGGUUGGCAGAUCAGAUCAGAAGGAAUCGAGUGGUGGAAGGCCCCGGGACUCCAUCCAAAGGGCAGCGGUGGUGCACUCUUCACACUGAAUUUCUCUGGUAUGAUGCAAGCUUGCACUCCGUACCUCCACCAGACUAUGGUAUUCCAAAGCUGCAUUAUUUUGAGGACUGGGGAGUUGUAACAUAUGGAAGUGCAUUGCCAGCUGAAAUCAACAGGCCCUUCCUCUCCUUCAAAUCUGGAAAACUGGGAGGUCGUGCAAUAUAUGAUAUUGUUCAUAAGAAUAAGUACAAAGAGUGGAUCAAAGGGUGGAGGAACUUCAAUGCUGGCCAUGAGCACCCUGAUCAGAACUCCUUUACCUUUGCUCCCAACGGUGUACCUUUCAUAACAGAAGCCCUGUAUGGGCCGAAGUAUACCUUCUUUAACAAUGUAUUGAUGUUUUCUCCAGCUGUGUCAAAGAGCUGCUUCUCCCCAUGGGAAGGGCAGGUUACAGAGGACUGUUCAUCAAAGUGGUUGAAAUACAAACAUGACCUGGCUGCAGACUGCCAGGGGAGAGUAGUUGCCGCUAUGGAGAGAAAUGGAGUGGUUUUUAUCAGGGGAGAAGGAGUGGGUGCUUACAACCCAAAACUGAAGUUGAAAAACUUCCAAAGAAACCUUUUACUUCUGCAUCCCCAGCUUUUGUUGCUUGUGGACCUAAUUCAUCUUGAAGAUGACAGCCCCCUGGAGGCAGCCACCAGCUUCUUCCACAAUGUGGAUGUGCCUUUUGAAGAGACUGUUAUUGAUGAUGUCCACGGGGCUUUUAUUAGGCAUCACGAUGGGCUGUAUAAGAUGUACUGGAUGGAUGACACUGGGUACAGUGAGAAGGCUACUGUUGCCUCAAAAAUGUAUCCCCGGGGCUACCCAUACAAUGGAACAAACUAUGUGAAUGUUACAACCCACCUGCGGAACCCAAUCACCAGAGCAGUUUACCUCUUCAUAGGACCUUCCAUAGAUGUCCAGAGCUUCAAUGUCCAUGGAGAUUCUCAGCAACUGGAUGUCUUCAUAGCCACCAGUGAGCAUGCCUAUGCUGUUUACCUGUGGACUGGUGAGGAUGGAGGCCAUUCUGUCUUUGCACAGAUUAUUGCAGAUCGCCAAAAAAUUCUAUUUGACCGAACCUCUACCAUAAGGAACUCUGCUGUAUCAGAGGUGAAAGAUUAUGUUCAGAUUGUGGAGAAGAAUCUUCAGCAUUUCAAACCUGUCUUCCAGCAGCUUGAGAAACAGAUUCUGUCCCGUGUGCAGAACACAGAUAGCUUUAGAAAGACUGCUGAACGCCUGCUGAGAUUUUCAGAUAAGAGACAGACGGAAGAAGCCAUUGAUAGGUUAUUUGCUAUCUCCCAGCAGCAGCAGCAGCAAGGCAGGGCAAAGAAAAGCAAAAAGGUAGCCAAAGGCUACAAGUUUGUCGAUGCCGUUCCUGACAUCUUUGCACAAAUUGAAGUGAAUGAAAGAAAAGUGCGACAGAAGGCACAGACUCUGGCACAAAAAGAGUUACCUGUAGAUGAAGACGAGGAAAUGAAAGACCUUUUAGAUUUUGCAGAUGUUACUUAUGUGAAGCACAAAAAUGGUGCAUCAAUCAAAGGCCAGUCUGGAUUGGAACAAAUGGUGAGCACUGCUCGAAGCAGUGCUCCGUCAAUAUCGGCUUCUUAUACCCGCCUCUUCCUAAUUCUAAACAUUGUUAUUUUCUUUGUCAUGCUGGCAAUGCAGCUGACCUAUUUCCAAAAGGCCAAGAGCCUACAUGGCCAAAGAUGGCUUUAUGCAAUACUUUUAGCUGACAGCUGUAUAUUAUUGUGGCUGUAUUCUUCUUGUUCCCAGUCACAAUGUUAGCAAAAGAUCAUGUACUACUUGACCAGUUUAUGGUCAUAUGUGUCUAUGCAAAAGAAUUAACCCUAAUAGGGCCAUAGUUUGUUUUUUCCUUUUCUGAAACAUUCCAGGAAACAGCUGAGGGAAGGUUGAUUUCACCUCGUGAGGGAAGAGGGGGAAACAAUGCAUUUUUGGGAGACCUACAUGUUCUUCAUCUGUGCUUUGGUUGCGUUUGACAUCUGAAGGAUAUUAUGCUUUGUUCAUCAAAGCACAGUAUGUAAUUAUUUCUACCAAAAAAAAAAAGAGCCUUCUUUAAGGGGUGAUUUGUUUCCUAAGAUCCUUGGUUUUAUACACAAUUGGUUUUGCAUUGUAUUACUUUCAGGCUGCUAAAGAUGCCUAUGAGAGCUGCGUAGGAAAUGGUUUGCCUGCUCCAUGAAACUGUUUGAGAUAUCAAAAAAAGUUCCUGUCCCAAAUUGGGACAUAAAAUGACAAAACCUUGAAAAUAUCCAUGUAUCAAAAAUCCAUCCCCCCAAAAUUUGGGGUUUGAAAAUGUGGAAACUGGACAUUUGGACCAUUUCAUAACAUUUUUUUCCCAAAAUUUUUUCAAGUUGAGAUUUGUUGAACUUUCAAGGGAGAUUUGUAGAAACCAACCCUGUUUCACAAACAAUUUAGGUUUGAUGAAUUAGCAUUUUUCAAGGGAAAAAAGAUGUUAAAAAUUCUCAACCAUCUCUAAUGCCUAUAGACAUAACCUUACAACAGAGUUAUUCAAAUUUAAAGGGCAUAGGAAAGAUUAACUAGUUACAGUCGGAGGCAAAUAAGAAGCAAACUUUAAGCAUAAGGGAUUAUUUCUCAUUAUGAGAAAUCCCCUUCCCUUUCACCAGACUAGAUGAAAACUGGAAGGUGAACCCUGAUAUGAUCUGCUUUUGAUUUUACAGGGUAACAUUUCUCAAACAUUUUCAUAUGUGGAGCAUAUCUCAAUAGGGAAAUUGACUCCUAUAUCUGCUCUCCUUCUGUCUGCAAUUGCAAAAAAACCACUACCAUCACCACCACCUCCCUGUGGCAACCCCAGCAAUUGCUUAUGUGGAAAAGCUGUAUUAAGAAAGUAUUUGAUGUAUCUUUUUUUUAGCUCUCAGAAUGAUUAUAUAGUUGGAAACAAAGAAGAGCCAGAACCAUGUGACCAGUCAGUUCUUCACAGACCACCAGCUAGUGCUCUGCAGAUCAUUGGAGGCACAUGGAUCAUUAAUUUGGCAAUCAUUAAUAUGGGGAAUACUGUGGCUUCUGACAAUGAGUUUGACACCUGCAUUCAUUAAAUUGAAUUAAAAAAAUCGUAGCUGUCUGUGAGGUUUUCAGUAUGGAGAGGCUAUAGAAAUGAUGUAUAUUACUGUAUGUCUAAGAAACAGAAAAGCAUUUCUUCCCAUACAUUUUGUUAAAUAAAAAAAUCAGAAUUGUCUCUGAUACAUAGAUUAUUUUUCUUUGUUGACUAGAAUAUUUCCCCCAAUAAUUUAAACAAUUGAGUGGCGUUCAUGAGCUCCUAAUUCACAACAUAUAAUAUUGAGGGAUGGCUCUCUCUGAAUUUCAUCACUUGGGCCCUUGAUAUUGAUGUUUUUUCUUUAAAUGUUUCUGACCAACGGUGGGGAUCUUUUCAUGAAAUAAAAAUACACAGGUGAAUAUCUUAAAUUAAUAGCCUCAGGUGCAAACUAACACUUUAUAAGAUCUAGAAAAUGUAUAACAACACUUAUCAUUUAAUUUCAGUUUCCCAUACUGAGGCAAGUUCUGCUCAUGUACAGAAACCCUACCUACAGAAACCAGAAGUCUCUUGGAGAGCAGCAAAAUAAAUUGUCACCCAACAUUAUUCUUCAUAACUAUGCAUAUUGCUUUCUUCUAAGGUUGGAUUGUAAAUUGGUCCAGUAAUAGGGUGUCGAAGCAGCUGGUGACAUAUGAUAGAUCUAUAAAAGUGCUUAAAAAUGGCAGGUGAUUGUCUGCUCAAUGAAAAUUUGUUUAUUUCUGCAUUUUACUUUGAACAAAUUUAAAAGAGGGGCAGAAACAAUUGUUGGGUUGUUUUUAUUUUCCUGGAGACUGUUGAUUAAUUCUUAACUCUCGUGUAAUAAUAUUAAUGGUCAUUAAAUGUUGAAUCUUCAGGCAAA